GCAACAUUUAAAUUAAUAUUUAAUUAUGAAAAUAAUAAUGUUGCAUUUCAAGCAAUUAAUCUUCCAUAUUAUUCUUUUCUUGCUUUAGAUUAUGAAACUAAUACAAGUUUAAUCCUAAUAAAAUACGAUCAAAAAAUAAAAUUUGAUCAACUUGAUAAUGGAUUUAUUUUUAAAAUUAUUUUUGCGAUGUAA